CCCGGUCAACGCUAAGCAUAAUUUUAGUGUAGAACCCCAGAAAGGACGAGCUAUAUUAAGAACGUCUCUAGAUCUCGCAAAACCUGCAGGCAUUCAAAAAUGGCGAACAGAAUUGUUCUCGUGGGUUUCCUGGUCGCUGUGUGCCUCGGAUACAGCUCAGCGCUUCAGUGUUACAGUUGUGUGGGUGCCGAAUGCGACGACCCGUUUGAUACUUCCAAUAAAACUCCAGAUACUUGUGGGGCCAUCAACAACGCUUGUUCUAAAGUUAAAACCGAACUCAGCAAUGGGCAAACAACCGUGAUCAGGUCCUGCGGCAUUCUAGUCUCUGAGUACAAAUGCGUGGAGGCUUCAGCCGGCGGCAAUACAGUCACCACAUGCAUAUGCAACGGCGACAAGUGCAAUUCAAGCGUUCGUGUUCCUGCCAACGCCCUGCUGGUCGCCAUCUUGGCACUCUUUGCAGCAUUCAACUUUGGUCGUCGAUAUUAAAUAGCAGAAUUACCCUUGACCACAAUGAAUGUAGAUCUAAUGACGUUACACACUAAAGAGAUUUUUUAUUCUAAUUUUUGUGUAAACACUAAAAAUUACUGAUGAAACUACAUAUUUUUACAUAGCACAGUUGACUAUGUGUGUGAGAAUUAAACCAAGAUUAUUAUUUACACUUUUAUGUAGGCCUACAUGUGUUUCAGUUUUAACUAAUAUAAUAUAAGCAUUAAGGCAGAAUUAAGAUGACAAGUUUAAGUGGUAACAUUUGUAUGGGCAGUUAGAUGUAGAGCAUAUGCAUGAUAUUUAUAAGAGGGUCCUGGCCGCUAUACCACCUAACGGUCAGCGAGUAACAAACAUCUAAUCGCAUCAGUCAUAACGGUAUGAAAAUAUUUCAGCUUGUGAUCCAACUACCAAGCUAAUUAACUAUUUUUGCUUAUAUAUAUAACACAUAGUUUUAUUGUCACUUGGGAUGUCGUUAUCGAGGAAGGGGGUUUACUGCACAUGCGUCAUACUUCUCCGAAGCUGGACGCAAAUUGUGGACAUUUAGACCACAUUGCUCGUAAAAUGGUUCCAAAUUUUAAUGUGUGUGGGGAGGUGGGGAGGGGGGCACAAACCCCCUUUUCGUGGACUGUCAAUAUUAGUCGUUUUUUUAUGCCACAAAUUAAAUAGCCAAUGGCUUUAUCUCUCUCAGUGGCGACAGCAGAUCUCGCUCACUGAUCAGUGUGAUCAAGUAUCAACAGAAUUACUACAUGUACAGAUUCAAUACAAAUCCAAAGGAAUGGUUUUUGAUUUUUUAAGGGACGUCGUAAGAUGUCACCUAUUUUUUCACCUCUUCCAAUGAAGAAGUGAUCGAUGGGUGGGAUCUGCUUUAAAAUUAAGCUUGCACAUCGAAUCCGAUACAUACAUGCCUCAGGAUGCAGAGGCAUGAUCGAAUAUGCACAGCAAGAAAGAAAAGGUAUAACCCCACCAUCACAACUCGAUUCCUGGUACUUUAUUCUAGUAACGAAGUCGAGGUCACCAAGCAGUAAUUGCCCCGGUAGUGAUGUUAGCAUCUGCAUGAGAGCAAGUCAGCAAUAACUGUAUCUUCGACUGUACAUACCUUUAGUUAGCUUUUAUAUAAUUUGAUAAGUCUUUCCAUAAUUGUUUUAACAUUCUUUUAUAAUAAUUUCAUGGCACAUUUUAUGUGAAGAAAGAAAUACCUGUACUAUGAUAAUUACAGAUGCAAUCCCAUGUAAAAAAUCUCUCACCUCUGUCAAAAUACCUGAACUUGAAUUGUGGAUAAGAGAUUCUGUUUUGUUUAUAAAUGUUAUUUACAAACUACUAAAUGAAUGUUUUAGAAUUGUUCCAAAAAUGUCACAGCUUGUCUGCUGAAGUGGUCAAAUGAUUUUAGAGUUAAGAGAUCCUCAAAAGACUAAAAACAAGCAAACUCUAGUAGUAUCGAAAUUCCAGAAAGAGCAUUAUUAGCAUAGUAAUUUUUUUUCUUUUUUGCACACUUUCUAGUACAGUUGCACAUUCUUAGUCGGACAAAGACAUAUAAGACUUUAUAUAUUUUUUUCAUAUAUAUCCUAAUUUUGUAUUCAGUUUUUUCUAUUUUCCCAUAUACACUGACAUAUAUGGUACCAUGUUUAUUUUCAUACACCUGUAGUCUUCCAAAGAUAUUAAAACUACAAAAAUGAUGUGAACUUAGGAAAUCACAAUACCUGGCAGAAGCUGGCGGUUUUUAAUUAAUCUUCAGGAUUGCAUUUGAGCAGAUUUUUUCAGGUCUUUGUGAUAAACAAGUUGUAAGCUUUUUAUCUCCAUGCUUGUUGUCUUUUUUGUCAAUAAAAACCUCUUCUAAACAA